AUGGGUUCCUCUGGGUAUGAGAAGUACUCUGGUCGAUCCUUUUUCACCGAGCAGUGAAUGGAAUCUGGGCACCUCAUUCCCAUUCCGACAGGAUUUCGCUCCGUCCCUUUCCACCCUUGGUUCGUAAUCCGAGCUCUUUAAGCCGCCGGACGAACUUUCCUUUUCUUCGCUCAUGGUUUGAAUGAGUGUCUUGUGGUUUGAAUGAGUGCCUUGUGCAAAAAUGUCGUGUUCUGUUCCCUAUUUUGGACAGCCAAUGAUCUCGUGCUGGAAAGCCGACGUGACAUUUCUGGUGACAUUUCAUCUAAGAUGACAGCUGGUAAUAAGGGAACUCUUACUUUGGCCUUUGCGGCCCCGUGAGACCGACAUAUACACCCUAAUCUCCUUGGGAUUUGAGACCCCCCAUAGUUAAACUAAUCAAAAUAUUUCCAGUCAACUCCGCCCGGGACCCGGAGGCCCUCUCCUUUCAUCUAUGCCAGGGACUAGCUUCCUCGUCGGGCCGUAUCUUCUUCCUCAUCACCUCACACAAAGUGAUAGCCCUCCCCUUCUUCUCGGGCUACUUUGCCGGGAUUUUCUGCAGACUUGAGGUGAGUAAAUUUUCUGAAAGUUUCAUUAAUCCCUUCCCCAACCCUAUUAGUUGGGCUCUGUGUUUUCUACCCCAUGCAAGUCAAUGAAAAGAUGCUGACAAUAUCCCUCCAAGUUAAUGUAGCUCAAGACAAAAGUUGAAGUGCAAACUUCGAAUUUGGGCCCACUUAUCUUAAAUGUAAGCCGUAAAGUGAAAGUGCUAAAAAAGGAGCCCACAAAUGUCAGUGGGCUGGAGGUCUGAAAAGUAAUAUUUAUUUUUUACUUUAUGUCCUUUCACUUCUAAAAGGCAUUUUAUGUCUCUUUCUUUCUAGAAGAGACUUUAAUAUUGUUCAGUCUGUACCUAAGAUUUCUUCAAAAUCUCUGACUAUUAGAGUCUUUACUUAAGAUCUGCUCAGAAUAUCUAAUUGUUAGAGUCUAUUUUAGGUCAUUUUAGAGUUAGUCAAAGUAUUCUUAGAAAAUCUAUCUAAGAUCUCAAGACAUUGAUAUAUGUUAGAGUAUGUUUUAAGUCAUUUUAGAGUUAGUCAAACUCUGUACCCAAGAUCUAUUAGGAUCCUCCUUUUAGGGAGCACCCAACCUCCUUUUUAGACUUAUAUAAAUGUCCUCAUUAUAACUUGAGGCCCUCACUUUUUAGUUGAAUCAAUUUUUCUCUAAUGUGAGAACCUUUUCCUAUUGCUUGUAGAUUUAGGCACCUCUUUGAAGAUUCAAGGGUUGAAGACUCCAAAUUUGUGAAUUUAAAGGCAAGUUUCUUCUCCAAGAUUAGAGCUUUGUGGAUUUAAGCCCAUAUAUUGAUUAUCUUCCAUGUCAUUGCCGCAUCAGUUAGUAUCAGAGCAAGUCAACAUUUCAAUCAAGGUUCAAAAAUGUCAAGAGUUAAAUCUGCUCAUAUUAGUGAUGAUUAUUCACCUGAAGUUUUUCCUAUCUCAAAAUCAGAUUUUAUUACAUUUCAAGAUUGAAUAGAUAAUUUUUUUGAUAAUAUUAAUGAUACCUUGAAAUAACUUUUGACAAGAAUGAGUAUAUUAGAGAGUCAUUCACGCCCUCCUAGAGAUCAUAAAAUCAGAUGUUCUAAAAAAGACACUCAUGUUGAAUCUUCAUCUGAUAUUCACUAUUUAUCUGAUUCUACAAGUUCUAGAUCAACAUUUGAGGAAGAUAAUUUUUGAGAUUUUUGUAUGAAGAUUGACUUAUCAUGUUUUAAUGGCCAUUUUAAGAUUGAAGAGUUUUUAGAUUGAUUAAUUGAAGUAGAAUGUUUUUUUGAGUAAAUAAAAAUUUGUGAUGAAAAAGAAGUAAAGUUAUUGACUUAUAAACUAAAGGGUGGAGCCUUUACAUGGUGGGAUCAAUUAUAGACAAGACAUACGAGGUCAAACAAAGAACCUAUAUGAUCAUGGGAAAAAAUAACAAAACUCUUGAAAUCUUAUUUUCUUUAUCCAAAUAUUAACAAAUUUUAUAUCAAUAGUAUCAAAACUGUAGACAAGGAAAUAGGUCAGUUUCUGAUUAUGCUGAAGAAUUUUAUCAUUUAUCUUCUUGAAUUCACUUGACAUAAUUUGAGUUAUAUAUGAUUUCAAGAUUUAAAAGUGUUAUUAGAUGGGAAAUUGAAGAUAAAAUAACUUUACAAUUAUUUUUCAAGCUUAAUGAUAUUGUAAUGGCUGUAGAACAUGCUGAAGCCUUAUUAGAGGAAGGAAAAAUCAGAAUUCAAAAUUUUAGAAGUUAGAAUUCAACUCUUCAACUAGAUAGAGGAAGAUCUACUAUUAUUUCUUUCACACCACAUAAUGGGUGUUUGAAUUAAAAUUCUAUCAAAUCAAGUGGAUCAAAUAAUUCUGCCCAAGUCUCUACUAAUAAAAAUCCUUAUAGUCUUAAUGUUGUCCUUAAAUACUACAAGUGUGGAGAAAUUGGACACAAAUCAAAUAUUUGUCUUAAAAGUGGCACAAUAAACUUUGCAGAUUCUUUCAAAGUGGAAAUAGAAUAUGAAGAACUAGAAAUUGAAGGUGAGGUAGAAGAAAAUUUUAUUGAGUUUGAUAUUGGAGAUGCAAUGUCACAUUCACUUGUAGUAAGAAGAUUAAUGUAUUUACCAAAAAAAGAAGAAGACUCACAAUGCCAUAACAUCUUUAGAACAAGGUGCAUAAUGAACUCUAAGGUAUGUGAUAUAUUCAUUGAUAUUGGUAGUAGUGAGAACAUUGUCUCUUCUAUGAUGGUUAAAAAAUUAGGUUUGCAAAGAAGCCCACACUUUCAUCCAUAUUGAAUUAGUUAGAUAAAGAAAGAAAUAGAAACUAAAGUUUCAAAGAUGUGUCUAAUCAAAUUUCCAAUUGGUAAGACUUAUUCUAAUAAAAUAUAAUGUGAUGUUGUUGAGAUGGAUACUUGUCACAUAAUAUUAGGCAAGUCAUAUGAUAAGUCUUCAUUAUUAUAAGCUAAUAAUUAAUAAAUAUUAUAGUUUUAGCCUUAACUCAUGAUAAAUAAAAUUUGAGUUAUGUUAAAUUGUGAAAAGUAAUUUUCAAUUAGUUAAUAUGAUUUUUUGGCUAAUUAUGUGAUUUUAUGUGAAUUUAUAUAAUUUUUAUAAUCUUAUUUUUGAGAUAAAUAAAGAAAAAGAAAAUAAAAAAAUAAAAAAGGGGGGGGGGGGGUGAACCUACUGGCCAGUCGGGCCUACAAGUGGGUCGAAAGUGCAAUUGGGGUAGAGCCAUGAGCAUGGGCUCAAGUAGCUAUGGACUGAUGAUAACAUGUGUACGUCACACCCCUUUCAUGUCAUCAGUGGCCAAUUGAGCAUGAGGCAAGGAGUGGUCAUACACAUGUGAGAAAGGGGCUCAUUAAUUCCCAAAUCUUAAAUUACUAUAUAUGCAUCUCAACAUUCAGCAUAUAAUCGAUGUGGGACUAAAUCGACAGCCACACCUUCCCCGAAACAUUUUCAAUGAUUUGAAUAUUAAAAAUAUCCCUUAUAACAAUGAGAUAUCAUGAUGUUGUCAUUGUAUGAAGAUAUUCAAGUACUUAUUUCACUCUCUUUCAUGCACACAAACGAUAAGUGUAAGUUCAAAUCUUACGAGAGCCAAAACUCAUUUCUUUUUAUUUAAUUAAACCACAAUUUUUCUGCAAAUUGUCAGUGAAGAAUUAAGCCACCAAAUUGCUCAAUCAUUGACAAAAAAAUCAUCAAGGUGAUUUGUAGAGUAUCAUUAUUAAAAUUACUAAAUGAUUCGAGAUAA